GUGGUCUGCUGGAAAUGUUCUGAUUAUAAGGCACAUCUCGAAUAUGAUGGCAAUAAAUUGAACAAAGUCUGUAAGGACUGCUAUCAUGUUAUAAUUGGUUGUACAGACAGUGAAGAAAAGAAGAAGAAAGGCAUCUUAGAGAUUGAAUCUGCAGAAGUCUCUGGAAAUAGUGUCAUAUGUAGCUUUCUUCAGUACAUGGAAAAAUCAAAGCCCUGGCAGAAAGCAUGGUGUGUUAUACCUAAACAGGAAGCUCUUGUGCUGUACAUGUAUGGUGCUCCACAGGAUGUUAAAGCUCUGGCUACAAUUCCACUUUUGGGCUAUACAGUAGAUGACACUCCAAGAAGUGCUGACCUCCCACACAGCUUCAAACUGACCCAGUCUAAGUCUGUGCACAGCUUUGCUGCGGACAAUGAGGAACUAAAGCAGAAAUGGCUAAAAGUUAUCCAUUUAGCUGUCAAAGGUGAGACACCAGAAUGUCAAAAUGAACUGCAAGUAAACUUAGAAGACCAACCUGAAUCUUCUAAAACGUCUGAAUGCUGAAGCUCAAGAA